GCAACGAUUUGGUUCUCCAUGUAGAUUCAUCCACCAAGCCAAACCUAGGGAAGCACAAGCACACUGCACCAUGGCGCUCACCGUCAAGAGCACCGACGACCACGCCCUGCUCAACGCCGAGCACGAGCUCUGGGCGACCACGUUCUCCUACAUCAAGUCCAUGGCGCUCAAGUCCGCCCUCGACCUCCGCCUCGCCGACGCCAUCCACCACCACGGCGGCGCCGCCACCCUCCCCCAGAUAGCCGCCAGGGUCACGGUGCACCCGUCCAAGAUCCCCUGCCUGCGCCGCCUCAUGCGCACGCUCACCGUCUCGGGCGUCUUCAGCGUAGUCCAGCAGCAGGACGUCGUCGUCCCGGCUGCCUCCGUGAGCAACGGCACCUGCAACGGCGGCGUCGCCGCCGAGCCCUUGUACGCCCUCACGCCGGUGUCCCGCCUCCUCGUCGGCUCGCGGAACCUGGUCUCGAUCAUCACCAUGCUCCUCAGCCCCAACUUCGUCACCUCAUUCCUGGGGAUCGGCGCGUGGUUCGAGCACUCGCUGCCGGACCCGUGCCUCUUCACGCAGGCGCACGGCGAGGCCCUGUGGACGAUGGCCGACCGCGACGCCACCUUCGACGCGCUCAUCAACGACGCGAUGGUCUCCGACAGCAGCUUCAUCAUGGACAUCGCCAUCAGGGAGUGCGGCGAGGUCUUCCAGGGGAUAGGCUCCCUGAUGGACGUCGGGGGCGGCCUCGGCGCCGCGGCCCAGGCCAUCUCCGGGGCGUUCCCAAGUCUGGAAUGCACCGUGAUGGACCUCGACCACGUCGUCGCCAAGGCUCCGGCUGGCACCGACGUGAACUACGUCGUCGGCGACAUGUUCGAGAGCGUUCCGCCGGCAGACGCUGUCUUUCUCAAGGUCAAUGAUGUUAUGACUUUCAAUCAGAACUCAGAUAUGGAUCUGAUCAUUAGCAAUGGCAACCCAUCACCUAAGUUGAGUUUUGAAAAGUAUUUUACUUUGAUGGAGGAAAAUUCAAAGUCUUAGACCAAAAAAAUGACGAAAGUGUUGUAGUUCAUUGUAAAUACAAGAUCCGGCUUUUGAGAGCUGAUAUGGUUAAUAUUUUCUCUAAUAUUUCAUUCAGCUUAGCUUCUACCAGCCUAUCAUAACGCUUUCCAAGUUAUGCACCCUAUACCCAAUCAUUUUGUUCACUAUGAUAUAACUACCUGCUCCAAGUACACUAUUGCAAAUUCAGAAAGUGCACUCAGUCGAUUUUAGAAAGAGAACUACCUGGUCUCUGAAAUACUGAAAAAUCAAUAGUGAGAGAAGCUCAUUUCACUAAGAGUUGGAAUUCCGCACGGUCUUUAUUUCAGGAGAAACAGUGGCAACUACUUCUAGAACAUGACAGUCAAUGAACAUAGAAAUGAGGAGCCUACAAGCCAGAGUUGAGAACCAUAACUAGUAUCUUAGUUAC